CAAAGCCGUACCCACAGACCAACGGUGCAGCACUCACCAACCACAGCAAUGGUUCAAUACUUUGCACCGCCUAGGCCCGCAUCUCACAGGCGGGCACCUUCUUCAUCUGCUCUACGAGUUGCAGUCAUCGGCGGUGGGCCAAGCGCGCUCGUCGCAGUAAAGACGCUCCUCGAUGGCGCAGAUCGCUGGGCCAGCGAUGGCGUCGCAGGAUCCUCAAAGGCAGCUUCUGAUGGGGGACCCGCCUUUGAUGUAGCAGUGGACUUGUACGAGCAGGAGGAUAGAGUCGGCGGGACUUUCCGCUACCGCUCGUACCCAACAUCAACGCUCGUCUCUUCUAAGCAGCUCACAUCCUACUCUGACUUCCGUAUGCCGCUGAGCCACACGGACCACCUGACUCUGGACGAGUACUGUGAAUACUUAGAAGCCUAUGUGCACCACUUCAAGCUGCCCACCCGCUCACGGAAAUGGAGGAUGAACACCAGAGUUGUGCAAAUCAGGAGAGCCAAGGAGGGGGAAGAAGGCAAUCACAUCUUGACGUGGGAAGAUCUCAAGACGGGAGAGAAGGGCAGCGAGUGGUACGAUGCUCUAGCGCUCUGCACUGGACUGCACGUCGAAGCCAGUGUACCGGAGAUCCCAGGUUUCCCGCCACUGAUACAGGGAGACGUCUACAGUGACCGAUUGGCCAGCAAGAGGGACACUGCCAAGAAGGUCGCCGAGCGAGUCGACGACGACUCUGCGCCAUCUCAAGACAAUCUUUCUGGACCCCAGUCUCGCAUACUUUCUCUCCACUCGUCGCAAUUCAAGGAUCCACAGAUCUUCAAUGACCAGCGUGUCCUCAUCAUGGGCACAGGUGAGACAGGAAUGGACAUGGGAUACCUGGCAGUCAAGAAUGGCGCCAAGGAAAUUGUCAUGUGCACUAGAGGCGGCUUCUUGAGCUUCCCCGCCGUACUCAGCGAUUUCGUCGUCAUGGGCGUAAAGUUCGAGGGCAAGCUGCCGAUCGAUGGCUUGAUCAGCAAUUUGUUCGAGACCGCAUGGGUCCAUCCUUGGGUAGCCUCUUCCCGUCUGCGCUGGUUCGUCUCAGACUUUGGUCUCAAGAGAGUCCUCUGGGUCCUCACCGGCACACAGGCAGGGUGCUCUCAGUGGGUGGGUGAGCUGCCUCCAGAGCGUCUAGGUCGAGCCUACGUCUUCCUCAACAAGUCCGCCAAGGCCAUGCCUUACCUCAAUCGAGGCUACAAGAAGCGCCACUGGCUUGCAGAGUCCUUUGCACGCUACUUGGACCCACCCGACUACUCGGAGGACGAGACACACAUCGACCUUGCUCCAUUCCCGCACCAUUUGCGGGCAGACGGCGUCGUCGAAUUCACUCGCAACGGUCGAAAGGAAGACCUCAGGAUGAGAGGCAGAAACUUCAAGCCAGACGUUGCCAUCUACGCUACUGGGUAUCGGCAGUCGUUUCCCUUCCUAGCAGAGGACUACCCAUUGCCCAACCAAGCAGACGUCCGUGACCUCUUCUCAUCCACCGACCCAUCCGUCGCCUUUCUAGGCUUCGUCAGACCAGGCGUCGGUGGUAUCCCACCGAUCGCCGAACUGCAAUCGCAGCUCUGGACUCUCGUCUUGGCCAAGCGCAUUGGUAUUCCAGUCACCCCACCCCACUAUCGACUUCUCCAAGCCCCCGGAGCAAGAAUCACCUAUGGCGUAGACCACUCUGCCUAUUCUUCCCAGCUCGCACGAGACAUGAAGUCAGAUCCGGCGCUGCUUGCCCUCGCUCGCGAGCAUGGUCUUUUCGUCCUGGCAAUCUACUGUCUAGGAGCUGCCUUUACGCCCUUCUACCGUCUUCUUGGACCAUGGAAGAGCGAGAUUGCACCAGAGGUAGCGCGGUACGAGCUCUGGGACACGAUUGAGAGGCGCGGUAUCGGUGGGAAUCUGAUGAUGGGGAUCAUCCCGAUGAUCUUCUACGGGUGGGUGAAUGCAAUGGCCUGGCUGCUUGAGGGAGUCUGGGUCAUGGUCACUGGGAGACAGAGGGCGGGAGUGGCGAGCAAGGGUAUGGGCAGGCUGGUCGAGGUGAGGGGCGCUAGAGCUGCUGAGAAAUGAGACUGAGAAAUGAGACUGCGCCUAUAAGAUGGCCGCUCGGUUCACUAUGGUGACAAUCUGAUGAGUGAGAAUGUACUGCAGCAUCAUACAAAGCAGACGGCGAGACUCGAUUAAAGGACCAAUGUACUCUAUAUGAUUCCUGUACGCUGGCCCUGGACACCAAUAGACGCUGCGGCUGCUGCUCAUAGACCCCUGUGCUCCAUCAUC